ACGCAUGCGCAUUGUGAAGCGACCUGCUUCCUGACAUGCGUGGUGCUUGCCUAGCUGGGUGAUUGCAGUUCCAUUCGGUUUACCGGGUUCUGUUUGUGGAAUUCACCGUACGAUGUCUGACUCGGAGGAUUACUCUUCCUCUGAUGAUGAGGACUAUGUUCCCUCAGGUGGGGAAUACAGCGAAGAUGAUGUAAAUGAUUUGGUGAAGGAAGACGAUGACGACGAUGAUGAUGAUAAGCAAGAGGAUGGAGAGGAGAAAUCUAAAAGUAAAAAGAAAAUCAAGAAGUCUAUUGUAGCAAGGAAGAGGAAGAAAGGCGUGUUAGUCCUAAAUUCUGGGGAAGGUGCUGAGAAAAAUGAAGACAAAGCAGAGAAUUCUGAGGAAGACAAUGGAAUCAACAUGGAUGAAGAAAAGAAACACAAAAAAGAAGAAGCAAAAAAAAAGCAUGCAGAGGAUUUGUGGUCUAGUUUCCUUUGUGAUGUGGGGCACAAGCCCAAAGCCCCGCCUCCUGCGCCAAGUACACAGAACACCCAGGCCCAACCAGAAAAACCCAAGGAAACCAAUAAAGCUACACAGCAAACUCCAUCGCCUAAGGAAGAGCCCAAAAAAGUGACCAUCACAAGGGUGUUUGAUUUUGCUGGUGAGGAAAUACGGGUGACGAAGGAAGUGGACUCCUCGUCCAAGGAAGCCAAAGAGUUUGUCAAGCAGAAGGAGAAAGGCCAGGAAGAACAAGAGAAAACCCCAGAGCCGGCAAGGAUUGGUGUGGCAGCUGGAUCAAGUGUGAAGAGAUCAGGUGGCAUGAGCAGCAUUCUGGGUAAAUUGGGAUCCAAAAAGCAGAAGAUGAGCACACUUGAGAAAUCCAAGCUGGACUGGGAAUGCUUCAAGGAGAAAGAAGGGAUCAGCGAAGAGUUGGCUAUUCACAACAGAGGAAAAGAUGGGUAUAUAGAGAGGAAGUCUUUCCUGGAGAGAGUGGACUACAGACAGUUUGAACUAGAGCGAGAAAUCCGACUCAAAAACAUGAAACCUUCCUGACCCUCGUCUUCUGACUGCCGACGUACCAGACAGAUUCAGGGCUGCCAUUGUUUCAUUACUGAGUGGAAUAUUAUGAUCUGUAUAUUUGGACUGUAACAUGAACAUUUUAGCUUACUUGGUCUCUGGGAUGUUAUUUUUACUUUUUUUGUUUUUUAGUACAAGAUUUCACAACCAAUGUCAUUAUGUUGCUGAAUGUGUGCAAUGUUACCAAAUUAAUAAAUGUAGCUUUUUAUAUAAAUUAUUCCUGCAAUAGACUCAUUUCUGGUGCUAUUACAUUGGUGCUAUUGGUUCUAUUAGACUCAUUUCUUCUACGAUAUUGUCAAA